AUGGUCUCUGUCAAGAAGGAGAUGGUGACUGCGAUGUACCCAAGUUGCGUUUCUACUCUCUUGUACUUACUCUUCGUGACUGCUUGUAUAAAGAAAAUCUCUGGCCAACCCAAAAAGGAUGAUAAAUUAUACCCGGAGAAUUUUACACGAAUUUUAGACCGCCUUCUGGAUGGCUACGACAACAGACUUCGACCUGGAUUUGGGGGUCCAGUGACAGAAGUCAAGACUGACAUUUACGUCACCAGUUUCGGUCCUGUUUCUGAUGUUGAAAUGGAGUACACAAUGGAUGUGUUUUUUCGGCAAACCUGGGUGGACAGACGACUGAAAUAUGAAGGGCCUAUUGAGAUCUUGAGACUCAACAAUCUCAUGGUGACUAAGGUGUGGACCCCUGACACGUUUUUCAGGAAUGGGAAGAGAUCCGUGGCUCACAAUAUGACGGCCCCAAACAAGCUCUUCCGCAUCAUGAAGAAUGGGACCAUCCUUUACACUAUGAGACUGACGAUCAGUGCAGAAUGUCCAAUGAAGCUGGUGGAUUUUCCUAUGGAUGGUCACUCUUGUCCCCUUAAAUUUGGGAGCUAUGCAUACCCUAAGACAGAGAUGAUCUACACCUGGACAAAAGGACCGGAAAACUCGGUAGUCGUGCCCCCAGAAUCAUCCAGUCUGGUGCAGUAUGACCUGAUUGGUCAAAGUGUUUCCAGUGAAAUGGUCAAAUCAAUCACAGGUGAAUAUGUGGUGAUGACGGUGUACUUCCACUUGAGAAGGAAAAUGGGCUACUUCAUGAUUCAGACAUACAUCCCUUGCAUAAUGACAGUAAUCCUCUCCCAAGUGUCCUUCUGGAUAAAUAAAGAAUCUGUUCCCGCGAGAACCGUCUUUGGUAUCACCACAGUCCUGACCAUGACCACCCUGAGCAUCAGCGCCCGCCACUCCUUGCCCAAGGUCUCCUACGCCACCGCCAUGGACUGGUUCAUCGCCGUGUGCUUUGCCUUUGUCUUCUCCGCCCUCAUCGAGUUCGCCGCCGUCAACUACUUCACCAACGCGCAGGCGGAGCGGGCCAAGAGGAAGCUGGCCAAGCAGUGCCCGGUGCACUCAGCCCAGGCCAACGCCAAGGACAGAGACACGGAGGAGGUCCUGCAGCAAAACUCGGACACUAACGGCAACCUUAGGAAACGGCUGAACAACUCCUCGUCCCGCUCGGACUCCAAGAGUGACUCCAAGAAAGCCGACUCAGCCAGCAGCAGCAGUGGCAGCAGCGGCAACAAUAGCACCGUGGUAAAGGGCGGACGGCAAGCCUCGUCCAACACCGGGAUGACCGGCAGCUCCUCCACCCUCGCUCCAACCGGCCCCAACUCACUCACUACAGCCUCCAAUUCCAAAAUCUCCCCACCUGCGCCCCCCUCCACCCCGACCGUGGGGGGCCGGAUGGGGGCCAGUGCCCAGGGGGGUGCGCCUUCCCUCCACAACCUCCUGGGGCCGAAGCUGGAGCACAUCCAGAGCAAGAUGGACGCAAAGCAGAGCGCUCCUGCCACAGGCGGCACCAGCAAGAUCGACAAAUAUGCACGCAUCCUCUUCCCAGUGUCCUUUGGGGCCUUCAACAUGGUCUACUGGGUGGUUUACUUAUCGAAAGACACAAUGGAGGGCCGAGAGAUAUAA